AUGCAAAUCGGAGUGUUCAUGGCCCUGUCCGCCAAGGCAGUUGACGUGGCGGAAUUGGCUCAAAAAGCAGAGUCUGUCGGGUUUGAGUCCAUGUGGAUGCCGGAGCAUCCGAUCAUGCCGGCACACACCACCAGCAGAUACCGGGGCACCCCGGACGGGUCGGUCCCACCUUAUAUGUAUGACAUGGUUGACCCCUACAUGGCGCUGUCCCGCGCAUCCGCGGUAACCAGCAAGAUCAAGCUGGGCACCAGCAUCAGCCUGAUUCCCGAACGCAAUCCCCUCAUGCUGGCCAAGGUCAUUUCCACCCUGGACCAUUAUUCGGGCGGCCGCUUCAUCCUGGGCGUAGGGGCCGGUUGGCAUCGCGAAGAAACGGAAAUCAUGGGCGGCAACUUCGACCAUCGCUGGACCCAGACCAGGGAGAACAUCCAGGCGAUGAAGGAACUGUGGACCAAGGAGCAGGCCGAGUUCCACGGCACCUACGUGGACUUCCCGCCGGUCUAUUGCGACCCCAAGCCGGUGCAGCAGCCCAACCCUCCGGUAUUGCUGGGCGGCGCCGCUUCCAACCUGUUUCGUCGCAUCGUGGGUUGGGCCGACGGUUGGCUCCCUGCCGGUGCAUCGGUGGAGCAGGUCAAGGCGGGCCGCGCCUCUCUGGACGAACUGGCCGAGUCCGCUGGCCGGGAUCCGGCGUCAAUCCAGAUUACGGUGUUCAAUGUGCCCGCUGAGCCGGACACCCUGAAGCAGUACGAAGAGGCCGGCGCCGACCGCGUCAUAUUGUCCCUGCCCAACGCCCGGGAAGCCGGCGCGGUUGACGAGGUGGAACGCCUGGCAGAAGCCGCCCUAUAA